AUGCUCCAUUACACUAUUACAGAAGAAUACUACAAGGUGAAACUGCUGAUAAAUUCAGAUGACAUAUGCGAUUUUAUGGAACUUUCUAAGGCACUGGCACUCCAAAGGAACACCUUCAUUGUAUCGGUGAGCAUGUUUUACAAGGUGCUUGUCUGUAGACCAGAAAUGAAAGGCAAUGUUCUAAAAUGCGCUGUUAUUCUCUUAUCAUGCAAGAUAAUGGAAAACUUUCGAGGGCUUUCGUUCGUUGUCGAGGCAGCAGGGAACCAUUUCAACGUUGAGCCUGACAGGGAUGAUAUAACUCUCAUGGAAAUGGAUAUUUCUGAAAUGUUAAACUUUGAUUAUAAAUACGUUGAUUAUUACACUUACUGUGGGUCUAAGACGCUGUUAAUAGCACGAGAUAAGAGCAUGUUGGUCUAUGUAUUCUCAUUUCUAACUGAUUGUUGUUUUUUGCCUUUGCUGACGUUCUUUAGAAAAAAAGAUGUUGUUUUUGCCUGUAUUUUUCUGGCCUUGAAGGUUUUAAAGUCUGACAUCUUUAAAUGUGGAGAAAACGCGGGGCCUGGCAUUGACCAAGAGGUAGCUGCAGCAAUGACUUUAGGUAUGAAAAUAUCUACGGACGAAAGCAGUUUAGACAGCACACCUGUUAUACAGGAUAUCGCGAUCGAAAAUAAGAGAAGAAAGCUUUUUUACAAAAACACGAGAAAAGCACACAAACUGAAGGAAAAGCUCUUUAAAAAAUACCGGCCGCAUUUACGGGUCGAGCCAGAGUUUCUUCAUGACUUAGAAAUGGCAUUCAAAGGAUUUGAGUACUCAGCCGUGGAAAUACACUUCAUUUGUAAGGAAUUACUUGAUUUUUACGCAAAAAUGCUUUGA